GCUUCUUAGGGUUGCGAUGCGAUGCGGUGAGAGUAGGGCGUCGUCGCACCACCCACGGGGUGGAGAGAGUGAGGAGAUCGGAGCGCGAUAGAGACGCCAAGGCACCGAGCUACGGCCGAAGCUGGAAUUUGGGAUGAUGGAUGGUAACCCCCACGGCGUUAAUGGAUUGAUAGAACAGCAUGUGGAGCUCGAGGACGACAGCAUUAACUUCUGGACGACACUCGGUGUCAGUCCUCAUGUCCACGUUGGGGAGCCCGAGCAUCCUCUUGUGCCACAGCAUCACCACCACCACAUACAGCAGCAGCAACAGCAGUCUCUUGAGCUGGUGGAACAGUCAGUCCGAAGAGAGCUUUUCGCAGUGGAAGCGGAUCGAAGACUAGAACCCUUUGUUGGUAUGGAGUUUGAAUCUGGGGAGGCUGCAAAGACUUUCUAUAUAGCAUAUGCUGGACGUGUGGGCUUCUCUGUUCGCAUUGCCAGGUCACGACGGUCGAAAUGCAACGAGUCCAUCAUAAUGCUGCGAUUUGUGUGCUCAAGAGAAGGGUUCAGCAGAGAGAAGCGUAUUAUUGCUGGCAAGAAGACGAGGAAACGGGCUGCUUCCAUAAGAGAAGGGUGUAAGGCGAUGCUUGAGGUGAUUCGAAGAGGUGAUGAGAGAUGGGUCGUGACGAAGCUCAUGAAGGAGCAUAAUCAUGAACUUGGGAUGCCAAGCAGGGUGCACUACAUUGCCACAGAGGGAGAUGCUGUGAUGGAUCCAUAUAUCGGGAUGGAGUUUGAAUCUCUUGAGCUUGCCAAGACAUUUUAUUAUGCAUACGCAGGCCGUGUGGGUUUUGAAGCUCGUGUUCGACAGUCACGCCGAUCAUUGCAUGAUGAAUCCCUUAAAAUGUUGAAACUUGUUUGUUCAAAGCAUCGCCAUCAUUCAGGGAGGGAUAAUGGUAGUGAUGAUAACAAGAGGGUACAGAUUCAAGAUCCGUCAAAAGAAGGUUGUGAUGCACUAUUUGAGAUAAUUCGGAAAGAUGCUGACAUUUGGAUGGUUUCCAAACUCGUACUGGAGCAUAAUCAUGAACUGAAACCUUCUUUGCGAAGCAAGGUUCGAUGUGUCCGAUCUCAAGGAGAGAUACUGGUCAUUGCGAAAAACUUUGCUGAUACCCGCAAUCUUCUGCUAAAUGGCCAAGACACACAGCAUCCAAGGGAGAUUCGGUAUAAUGAUUUAGGACCAGAUGAUGCUCAAAAUCUGCUUGAAUACUUCAAGAAAACACAAGCAGAUAACCCUUUCUUUUAUUAUGCUGUACAGAUUGAAAAUAAUAAUUGCAUGACCAACAUCUUUUGGGCUGAUUCUAAAGCUCGAAUGGCUUACUACUACUUUGGUGAUGUUGUUAGAUUUGACACAAAAUACAUAAAUGACAAGGAGCUGAUGCCUAUUGUUAUGUUCACAGGUGUAAACCAUCAUCAACAACCAGUAGUUUUUGGAUGUGCUCUGAUGGUAGAUGAGACAGAAGCAUCAUUUACUUGGCUUUUUGAGAAUUGGCUUGUAGCAAUGCCUGCACUGCAUCCUGUCUCAUUGAUUACUGAACUAAACAGGACAAUUACAUCAGUUGUUGCUAAGACAUUAUCACAAACACGUCAUUGUUUUUGCAAGGCACAGAUCUUAAGUACCAUACAGGAGGAAUUGCCUGAUUUAUUUUCAGAACACAUCCCUUUUCAAGGAGAAUUGAAAGCAUGCGUUGAUGAGUCUGAAACGAUUGAAUCAUUUGAAUCAUGCUGGGAUGCAAUGAUAAAUAGGUAUUGUCUGAAGGAGAGUGUUUAUAUGCAAUCACUGUACAAUAUCCGUCAUCAAUGGGUUCCAGUCUUUGUAAAGCAAACAUUCCUUGCAGAAGUCCCUGGAUCACAAAGUUGUGAAAACUUUGACAAAGUUAUUGAAAAAUAUUUCACAACAAAAACCCCCUUACGGAUGGCUGUUAGGCAACUAUCUCAGACGCUCGCAAACCGGUAUGAAAAAGAAGCACAAGCUGAGUUUGUGACAUUGUUUGAAAAGCCAUUUUUGAGGACUGCAUCACCAAUGGAAAAACAGGCAGCUGGUAUCUACACAAGAUCAAUUUUUGACAGGUUUCAAGAGGAAUUUGUUGAAUCUUUGGGUUAUCAUGUGGAUAAAAUAGAGGAUGGACCUAUUAGUAAAUAUAGAGUGAUGAGAAAUGAAAUUGAUGAUGAAAUAUACAGUGUUGAUUUUAAUUCCACUGAGAAUAAAGCACACUGCAGUUGUUUCAUGUUCGAGUUUUCUGGCAUUUUGUGUCGACAUGCGCUAAGAGUCUUUAUAAUCAAUGGUGUUCGUGCUCUUCCUAAUAAUUACAUAUUGAAACGGUGGACAAAACAUGCUAAGAGUGGCUUUGUCUUGGAUGAUUACGGUGUUGAGCUCAGAGGUAAUGCUGAGGACCCUUCAAUAGCACGAUAUAAUGAUCUCUGCCGUGAUGCCAUACGAUGUGCAAGAGAGGGAGCAACAUCUACAGAAUUUUAUGCAGUUGCAAAGGAUGCUCUCCAGAAGGCUAUAAAUGAGAUAGUGUCUGCAAAGCAAAAGAGAGGGCAGCAAACUCUGCAGAGUUUUAUUACUUCACAGAAAAAGCAAACCAAAAAGGUUGUGAAGAUCACUCCUAAUAAAGAUGCCUCUGGUAAGAACUUGAAGAAGCUAACAUCAACAAAACUACUGGCAGAGAAUGACAUCAGAUGAUACAGUGCCUCAAAGAUUGAUGGAAGUCUUUGUUGCUUUCUUGGGACAGUUGAAUUUUUUCUUGCUUCCUUGAAAUCCUGAGCUCCACUCGUCAAGGUUGGACUUCAACUAUCCUCUUUUGUACGGUGUAAAUAUAGCUCUGGUCACAUGAAUAGCCAUCUUAUGUUCUCAUGUAUACCAUCUCUCUGCUCACAGUACAGUGGCUAUGUGCAUCUUAGUAGAUUCCCCUUUCUGUUUUUGUCUUGAUAGUUGGGAUGCUUUUACAUGGCUGAAAAGUGCAACUACUUCUUUGUGGAUUGUUGUGUGUUUCUACUGUCUCUUGGAAUAUUAGUACUCAUGAAACAUAUCUACCACCAUUUUGGAACUAGUCACCUUUCUGUGGUUCUUACAGAUGAAAGUGAUCAUUGUAGUAAUCCCUUGGUUACAUUAUUACUUUUCCAAUUCA